ACAUAAAAAAAAAACAACUGUUUUUAGUAAAAAAAGCAUACCUUACAGCCUACUCUUAAAAAGUUAAUAGCCAAGCCAACUCCUCACCUCAAUGGGAUAGAAUUAAUUAAAAUCAAAAAAGUCCAUAGAAUUUUAUUAAUAAUUAGUAAACGGAAUAUCAGAAUAGAUCCCCGAGGAUUGUCAGAUACAAAAGCAUGGUUUGAAAGAAAUAAUCAAAUUGAUCCUCAACCAGAAAAAAUAAUUCUAAAAUUUCGAGUACUUAAACAGCGGUGCUUAUGCCCUAGUCUUGAAGGCUCAAAACAUUAAGAGUAAUCGCAUGGUUGCCCUUAAAUUCUUAACAUGUACUAGCAAAGAGGGUUUGAAAGGCAUCGAAUCUUUGAAAAAAGAAUAUGAAUUGCUUCAGAAAUUCAGCUAAUCUGAUUUUUUGGUAAAUGUCUAUGAUUGCUUCUAUCUAAUGGAUGAAGAUGUAGAAGUGGAUAAAAAUGGAAAUAAAAAACCCAAAGAGAAGUCCUUUUUUGUGACGGAAAUGGAGCUUUGCGAAUAAAAUCUUAAACAGCUCUUCGAUUAUUUAAGAAACACAUAACUUCCAUCUCAAGAAAUAAAGGAAAUAAUAGCUAUUCAAAUGUUAGAAGGAUUAAAUACCCUCCAUACCAAAAAUAUCAUGCACAGAGACAUCAAGCCUCAUAAUUUCCUAGUUUGUCCUUCUCAAACUUAUGGAUUUACAAUCAAAAUCUGUGAUUUGGGAUUUGCAUCUGCAAUAACAAAAUCGAAAACCCAUUACCCAUCAAAGAAAGGAACUGAAGCUUACUUCGCUCCAGAGGUAGAAAAUGGAGAAUCCAGAAUUCAGUCGGACCUCUUUUCUCUAGGACUAGUAUUACUUGAGCUAGAUAAUCUAAAUGUUCUAAAUCAAAAUUGGAUUGGCUUUGAAAUAAAAAGAGAGAUAUAUUAAGGAGAAGGAAUAGCUUCGAAAUAUUAGAUUGAUAGAAAUUCUAAUAUUUAUAAAAUAGUCGAGAUUUGCUUAAAACCAAAUUAUUUGGAAAGGACAACUUCAGGAGACCUACUUUCUGAACUUAUUAAACUUCAUGGAAAACCACUGAAAUUCACACUAUCAUCUAUGAUAUUAGAAGAACAAAUUCCGUAGUAAGCAUAAUAAAUAUUCAAUCAAAUUAAUGAACUUGAAAAAAAGAAACAAACUUAAUUUGAGAAGGAUGCACAAAUCUUGAUUGAUAACACAGAUUCAAGAAUAAUGAAAAGAGAUACUAAUCAACAAUUUACAAAAGUAGAAAUUCUAUCCAAGUUAUUAAAAAGUCUAUAUGAAGAAAAGAAAUAUGCAAAAAAUUUCCAAAUUCUUAAUUUUGGAAGCUUUGGUAUGGUAUUAUCUACUAAAAAAGUUAAGUUCAACAACAAGGAAAUAGUAUUAAAAAUACAAAAGAUAGUAAACGAGCAAGAAAUUUAAAAUGAAAUUAGAAUAAUGUAAUAAUUAAAAACACCUUUAGUUGUUUAGCUGUAUGACAAUUAUGUCAUAGAAUAAGCUACAGCACCUGAAAGAUAUGUGGUUUUUGAAUUAGAAAAGUGUUCAUGCUCACUUUAGGAAUAUCUAGAAAGAUAAGGAAAAGAAAAAGAGUUUAGUGAUGAAGAAAAAUUGGAUAUUGCAAUCCAAGUAAUUGACUCUGUCAAUUAUAUUCAUUGUUUUAAUAUUAUUCAUAGAGAUAUUAAACCUGACAAUUUUUUGGUUUGUUUGGAUGGCAAUCAACUUGAAAUCAAACUAUGCGAUUUUGGAUUAUCAGCUUAACUUGAAUAAAAUUGUGAAUAAAUUGAAACUUUAGAUAUGGUAGGAAAUUGGGCGUACAUGGCACCUGAAAUUUUAGCUAAAAAUGAUGAUUAAAAUAAGAUAUACUCUAAAAAAUCGGAUUCUUAUUCAGUUGGCUUACUACUAUCUUUGCUUGACAAUUACUUAAUUUUGAAAGAAUAAACAGGAGCUACUUUCAUGAAUAUGACUUCAAAAUAAUAUGAAGAGCCUUUCAAAAAAUAAAAAAUAAAUAUUAAGGAAAACACUGAAAUAUUUAAAUUUAUUAAACAAUUAGUUGUUUGGGAAAGAGUCAAGAGGGAUUCUCUUUCUAUUAUUGUUGAAUAGAAUUCAAACAAAUUCAAAUCAAACUAAAAUGAUAUGAAAUAAAUUAUAUCAUAACAUUAUUUAGGUCCUUUAAAAAAUGUUGAGGCUAUAAACAUUGGAUCUAUUGCUCCAUUACUUACUUAAAAUUAGAUUCAAAUUUAGGAUAUCAAGUAAAUAAAAAUAAAUCGUAUGGAGAAUUUGCAUAAAAUUAGAGAAUUUCAAAAUAUCGAAAUAAAUUUAAGUGAGAAUAACAUUGGUGAUGAGGGUUCAAAAAAUUUAGGUAAAAGUAUAACCUUGUGCAAGAAUAUCACAACUUUGACGCUUAAUUUAAGUCAGAAUAAUAUUGGUGCAUUGGGUUCAAAAAAAUUAGGCACAUAAAUAACAGAGUGCAAUAAUAUCACAACUUUGAUGCUUAGUUUAAGUUACAAUAAUAUUGGUGAUGAGGGUACAAAAGAUUUAGGCACAAGAAUAGCCUAGUGCAAUAAUAUCACAACUUUGACGCUUAAUUUAAGUGAUAAUAAAAUUGGUGCAUUAUGUGCAAAAGAUUUAGGGACAAGUAUAGCCUUGUGCAAAAAUAUCACAACUUUGACUCUUAAUUUAAGUUACAAUAAUAUUGGUGAUGAGGGUAUAAAAGAUUUAGGCACAAAUAUAGUCUAAUGGAAGAAUAUCACAAAUUUGACGCUUAAUUUAAAGAGCAAUAAAAUUGGUGUUAAGGGUGUAAAAGAUUUAGGAACAAGCAUAGCUUUGUGGAAGUAUAUCACAGCUUUGACUCUUGAUUUACAGUCUAAUAAUAUAGAUGCAUAGGGUGUAAAAGAUUUAGGCACAGGAAUAGCCUAGUGCGAGAAAAUCACAACUUUGUAAUUUAUUUUAGAUUAUAAUAAUAUUGGUGAUGAGGGUGCAAAAGAUUUAGGCACAUAUGUAGUCUUAUGGAAGAAUAUCACAAAUUUGACGCUUAAUUUAAAGAGCAAUAAAAUUGGUGAGCUGGGUGUAAAAGAUUUAGUAACAGGAAUAGCUGAGUAGAAGAAAAUCACAACUUUGACGCUUGAUUUAAGGAGCAAUAAAUUUGGAGAUAAUGGUGUAGAAGAUUUAGGAAAAGGAAUAGCUAAGUCGGAGAAUAUCACAACUUUGACGCUUGAUUUAAGUUUCAAUAAUAUUGGUGAUAAGGGUGCAGAAUAUUUAGGCCCAUAAAUAGCCAACUGGAUAAAUAUCUCAACUUUGACGCUGAAUUUACAAGGGAAUAAUAUUGAUAAGGGUGCAUUUUUUUUAGGCACAGGAAUAUCCUUUAGCAAGAAUAUCACAACUUUGACUCUAAAUUUAGUGGACAAUAAAAUGAAUGAUUAUGGUGUAAAAUAUUUAGCAUAAGGAAUAGGCUAAUGCAAAAAUAUCACUACUUUGAUGCUUGAUUUACGUUCGAAUAAUAUUCAAGAUGAAGGUGCAAAUGAUUUAGGCAGAGGAAUAGCCUAGUGCCAGAAUAUCACAACUUUGAUGCUUGAUUUACGUUUAGAUGAAUAAUAGUGUAUUUAAUUGGAGAAUUCACUCUCAAAAUAAUUAUAGAAGGCUGAAAUAACUAUAUUUUGAAAAUCAACUAAAAGUUAGUUAAGACAAUCCUAUAAUUUAAUAAUUUUAUAAAUUAAAAAGUUUAACUCUUCAUAAAUAUGUCUCAUAAAAAUAUUUAUUUACUAAUUUUGUUUUUUUAUAAAUUGAUUGAUGAUCAUGUUUUGAUUUAUACCUAAAAAUUUUGUUUAAAUCCUAA